AUGUCGGCAAUGAAUGAGGAUCAAGGAACUUUACUUAAUAAAGAACAAACGCUUCAAGAUGAUUAUAUUUUAACAUAUAGACAUCGACAAUAUGAAAAACGUUCUAUACGUUUAUUUUUAUGUUGUACAUUUUUAUUUGCACUUAUAUUAGCAACAUUAAUUGUUUUAUUAAGUUCAAUUAUGUUUCAUCCAAAAAAUAAUAAACAAUUUAAUGAAAAUAUUCAAAUUGAACUUAUGUGGACAAGUGGUUUUCCAAAAUUAUUAACAGAAACAGCAUUUCGUCUUGUCGAUUGUAAUUCUGAUGGUAUACUUGAUGUUAUAUUUGGUUAUGGAACUGGUGUUGAUACACUAGCAGAUAAUGGAUUAUUAUGUGAUCUUUAUUUUGAUGGAAAUCAUCCAUGUAAUGGAGGUGUUAAAGCUUUAGAUGGUCGUAAUGGACAAGUUUUAUGGAGUUAUAAUAAAUCAAAUCAUGAAGUAUUUGCAUUAAAUUGUCAACGUGAUAUUGAUGGAGAUCAUAUUCCUGAUUGUCUUACCGGUGGACGAGGAGGUACAUUUGAAGCUAUUAGUGGAAAAACUGGUUCAUUAAUAUGGACAUUUAAUAAUGAUAUACGAGAAACAACAAUGAAUUUUUAUACACCAUUAUAUUUAAAAAAAGAUUUUGAUAAUGAUGGUUUAGAUGAUAUUAUAACAAUACAUGGUGGUGAUCCAAUAAGAAAACCACAUGAUACUGUUCGAUUAGCAGGUGAAGUUCUUCUUAUUAGUACAAAAACUGGACAAUUAUUAAAUGUAUCUAUUGUUCCUGAUAAAAUGGAGUCAUAUUAUUCUCCACAAUUAUUACGAAGAUCAUCAAAUGAAGAAUAUAUUCUUAUUGGUACUGGUGGUGAAACACAUGGUGGUGGACUUUAUGCAUUUGAUUUAAAAUGUUUUACAAUUUAUUGUUCAUCACCAUAUAUUAAAAUAAUUAGUGAUGAAUAUAAAGGUGUUAUGACACCACCAGUUUUAAUCGAUGUUAAUAAUGAUAAUAUUGAAGAUAUUAUUAUUCCACUUUAUAAUUCAACAUUAUAUGCUUUUGAUGGUAGAACAUUUCGACAAUUAUGGAAUAGAACUUUUCCUAGUUCAGAAACAUAUAGUUCACCUGCAGUUGGAUAUUUUAAUGAUGAUGAUAUACCUGAUAUUAUGAUACAUUAUCAAACAGGACCAGGUUAUCCAUUAUAUUAUAGUGCUCAGACAACUAUUCUUGAUGGUCUUACGGGUAUACCAAUACUUGAUAAAUCUAUUGAACAAACAGUUGGUGUACAAAGUUCUCCAUUAACUAUAAGUUUUAAACAACAUGGACAUGAUAUGUUUAUUUAUUGGAUUGGAGAAUGUGAUGUAGUUGAUAAUAAUAUAGAAAGAAAAAUUGAUUAUGAUAUAAAUGCUCCUAGUGCACUACUUUCACAUGCUGAUAUUUGUAAAUUACGAUAUCAAUCAACAAGUUUUACUGCACUUCAUGGUCUAACACAAUCUAUGAAACCACCUGGUAUUCUCAUUUAUAAUUCAAAUUAUUAUGUUGCUCUUGAACGAAGUACAACAAAAUCAAGUUCAAUUGAUAUAAAAAAAUUUCUUCUACAAUAUCCUAAUUAUUUAUCAGUAUAUGAAUCUUGGCAACGAUUAGAUGAUUAUAUGCAGAAUCAAGAAACAACUAAUACAAAUCCAUCAACAUUAUCCGAUGAAAAUAAUGAUGAUAGUACAUUAAAUGAUGAUAAUGAUGAAAUUGAAGAUGAUAUUGAAUUUCGUUCAAAUCGAAGAAAAUAUAAACGACAUGUUGGUCCACAUGAUAAUGGUGGAUUACAAAGAAUUAUUUCAACUGGUACAUUAGCUCCUUCAUUUGAACCAAAUUCUAAAUCAACUAUUGAUUUAAUAUUUGCAACAUAUUGGAUUCAAUCAGAUACAACAACAUUAUUAGAUGCUAAUGAACGUGAAUGUAUUAAUGAAGGCAUGGCAAAAGAAGAAGAACGACUUAAAUCAACAAAUGUUAAUUUUUAUGGUAUGGAUCAUGAUGCAUAUGAACAUUAUAUAGAAGAUUUAUGUACAAAUAAAACUCGUUUAUAUGAAACAGUUUUAAAAAUAUCACCUGAUAUAAUUAAUCAAGUUCAAAUGUCAAUGUUAAAUCCAUUUAAAAAACAAUUUGGACAAUUAACUGUUUAUCGUAUUCGUUUACAUUUUAAAAAAACUCAAUGUGAACAAAAUAAUCUAACACAAUGUUCAAUUAUAUUAGAUAAUAAUGAUCUUCUACCAUUUAAACAACAAAUUUGGCCAGCUUAUAUGGGAAUAAAUGGUGAUUGUCAUGCAAAUAAUUGA